UAUAGCAGCACAUCCUCGAGCCGGUCGCGAGCCCUCCGUAUCACUGUGAACCCGCCCGUGCUUCUUCGAGCUUCUGAAUUUAACGUUUUUCUUUAAAAAAAAAAUUUUUUUUCUUUAUCUGGGACCCGGGCCGGACUGGGCUUUCCUGCGGGGACCGCGCGCGGAGAGCCGGCGGAGGUUUGUUUGUAGCGGCGGGACGGAGAGGAAGCGACACCGGGGCAGCGGCUCCUCACAGCCCCGGACACCGGACAUUCAUCCCCCGCGCGCACUUUGGAUUACUUUGGCGUGCAGUUUGCGGUGGGAAUACAGCGCCGGUAGAACUAAAGCAGUUCAUCGGCUGCUCGGCAGCGCGUCGCUCCUCCACCGUGGAUAAUAAUAACGCUUUUUUUUUUUUUUUGCGCGGAGCGGACACACACACACACACACACACAAACACUCACUCACACACACACGCACGCUCACACUUCUGCGCGCUUUGUGGAGCUGAAACACACGGGAAACCAUAAACCUGUAGUAGAAAUACAAGAUCAAAUAUCCCAGAAGGGGGUUUUCUGUUGUUUUAUAUUGUUUUUUUUUUUAUUUUAAUAACCACCAAAGAGGCGCUGACAGCUGAAGGACUGAGCCCUGCGCGCUUUGACGCUGAUCGGGAUCAGGAUGCGGAGCAGCUGAAGCCACGGGUUCGGGGACUUGGUCGUUAAAAUCAGAGCAGAACCAGCUUGUUUUUCCUGGCAUCGGGAUGAGCCUCGGCGGUGUGAUGCUGCUCCUCUUCCCGGUGCUCCUGCUCUGCGGGGGCUCCGGGGCUGCGACCCUGGGCGGACCGGGAGAAGCCGUCCUGGGCCGAGGGACGUUCGGGAAGAUGGGGAACUUCAGCACCUUCCUCCUGAACCGCACGUCGGGGAUGCUCUUCCUGGGCGCCACGGACGCCAUCCUCGCCGUGGACACCAACAGAAUGAACCAAAGCCCUCGCACGAUCACCUGGGACGUGCCCGAGGAGAAGAGGAGGUCUUGCGUGGCGAAGGGAAAAACCGAGGUGGACUGCAGGAACUACAUCCGUCUGCUGGAGUUUCUGGGAAACGGAAAAAUCUAUGUGUGUGGGACGUACGCCUUCGAUCCCCAGUGUGCCUUCCUGGAUCUUUCAUCCUUCACUCUGGAGAAAGCAGAGGAAGGAGGCGUGAGGAUGGAGACGGGGAAGGGAAAAUGUCCUUUUGAACCCAGCCAGCAUUACACAGCUGUCAUGGCGGACGGGGUCCUCUACACAGCAGCCACCAGUAACUUCCUGGGAACGCUCUUUGACAUCUCCAGGGCAACGGGUCCCGAGCAGGAGCGCAUCCGAACGGAGCGAUCCAUCCACUGGCUGAGCGACCCGGAGUUCGUCAGCUCCGCCUUCAUACAGGAGUCUGCGGGCGGAAACCUGGCGGGAGACGACGACAGAAUCUACUUCUUCUUCACCGAGGUGGCCAAAGAGUACGACCUCUACACCAAAGUCAAAGUGCCGCGGGUGGCCCGGGUCUGCAAGUCCGACGUGGGGGGGAUGAAGACGCUGCAGCGGCGCUGGACCACCUUCCUCAAGGCCCAGCUGGUGUGCGAGGACAAGCCCAGCGGGCAGCGCUACAACGUCCUGAAAGAUGUGUUCACCACGCAGCACAGCCCGGGCGACCCCGGCAGCACACACUUCUACGGACUCUUCACCUCCCAGUGGGAGCUCGACGAGCUGUCCGCAGUGUGUGUCUUCAGUCUGUCCGAUAUCACCAAAGUGAUCGACGGUCCCUUCAAGGAGCUGAAGAAAAACUGUGAGAACUGGAUCAACCAUGAACCUAUUCCCACGCCGAGACCUGGCCAGUGCCUGAACAACGCGCUGAAGGCGGAGGGAUUCGAAUCCUCCCUCAAGCUCCCGGACAAGGUGCUGACGUUCGUGCGGGACCACCCGCUGAUGGAGAACAGCGUCACCGCCGCGCCGCUGCUGGUCCGCAAGGGGGUGAAAUACACCAAGCUGGCCGUCACGCUGUCGGGCGGCGAGGAGGAGGAGCGCCGGGGGGCGGUACUGCACCUCGGAACAGAUCGUGGAGAGCUCCACCGGGUGGCAGUAGUGGGCCAGAACGCCACUUUACUGGAGGAGCGCGCCCUCUUCCCCUCUCCUGAGCCUGUCAACAACAUAUUACUGCACGAGAGCUGGGCUCUGGUGGGCAGCCCCCUGUCCCUGGCUCGUAUUCCAGCGGUGGGCUGCGCUCUCUACACCACCUGUGAGGUGUGUGCGCGAGCCCGAGGACUGGGCUGCGUGUGGAGCGCCACCGAGGAAGCCUGCAGGGAAUCCCCGUUAGAUCCUGGUCCAGAUGAUUUUGUGGAUGCUGCCUUGAGGAAGUGUCCUGCAGGUGAAGGGCGCUGCUCCCCGACCCCCAGGGUGCUGCGCGUUACCAGGGACAUGCGGAUCCUGCUGCCGUGCGUCCAGCUGUCGCCCCGGCCCUGCAGCUGGGAGUACCCCCCCCACAGACACACCCGGCAGCACCACUCCGACUUGGAGGUGACUGUCGGCGACGACAGCGUGGGAACCUACGUGUGCACGUGUCAGGAGGCGGGGCCAGACAUCAGAGACCCCACCCCCUGCCGCAGGGCGGAGUAUCAGCUGACCCUGGAAGAUCCCGUUAUCGGAGGGACCGGGUCGACGCCUGGAGGCCGCCACGUCCUCGCCAUCUACAUCGUGUUCUUCUUUGCCGGCUUAGUGCUCGGCGUGUUCCUCCUCUACUUCGUGACCAGGCGGCGUUCGCUCGCUCGCCAGGGGCGUCACCUCCCGGACAACUCGCUGUCGUCAGAGAAGGGGCGGGACCUGCUGGGCUCCUCGGCCACGCCUCAGUCGCCCAGCAGCGCCAGCCUGCUGUCCGAGGGCUUCCGGCUCACGGAGAAACGCAACGGGACCUCCACCACCACCACCACGCUCCUCAGCAACCAGGGCAACGGCGGUCACCAUAGCAACAGCUACAGCGGCUCCCUGAUCCACAGCAACUCCAGCAACGGCCACGGAAACUCGCUGUACGGCAACUGCAACGCCGGCAGCGGCGGGCUGAAGUUCGCCUCGGAGAUUCUGGCCGCGGACAUGCUGGACGGAAGGACGGGGGAGCGAGAGAGGGCCAGGCCCGAGGGGGGCGAGCGGGAGGCGGGGGAGGGGGACGAGGUGGACGAGGGCCUGGGGGACGGACUGAAGGUCCUGGACGAGGAGCUCGCCAGCUUCCCCAUGUUCAAAUCCCCGGCUCCGCUGGCAAAGUGUGAGGAAAGCUCAAUAUGAAGGAAGGGGGCGAGGAUUUAAAAACUAACUGCCGAUUUCCCCGUUUUGCAUCCUGAUAAACAAAGCGAAGACGAGAAGGAUCGCCAAGCGGCCACCGCCUCUGAGAGGAAACUGUGGCAUCAAGAGAAACUCACGUACAUGAGAGAAAUACGAAUGCAAAUGUGCGUUUUUAUGUCUGAGCAUGCGAGAGAAACCUGUUACGACAGCAGAUGUCCAGCAGUGUCACUGAGUGAGUCGCUCAGGACGGGAGAGACGUGUAAAUACAUGUACAUAGAAGCAGCCCCGGCUCGGCUGCCGCUCUGUGUCGUUCAAAUGUUAUCAAAUCAAAGAUAAAAUGUCUACACGUGUAGACAUCGCAAAAGCCAUAUUGUUGUUUACUUUCUCCGUCGGCACUGCAGUGGAAAAGUGCACUUUCCUCCGUCUGUCUCCGUCUGUACUCCUCUCUCUGACCACUCAAAUCCCAAACCACGGUUUGAAGGCACCAAAGGACUGCCGAGCGUCUCUGUCAGAGACCUCCAGUCUCCUGCGGGGCCUUCAGGCGGGCCGCGGCGGCCAUGACGGGGCUGUCCCUGGAGAGAAGCAGCAACAGGAAACAGGAAAUAGACGGCUGCCACGUCUGCCUCUGCCAACACGUCCUGAGACAGAAGCAGACGUUUGAAGGACGAGACAGUCGUUGGACUCAUGAAAUUAACGGACCUUCCCGGACUCAGAGCCACCGUCACCUCAUUUUGUGAUCGUGGAGACGUAUUGUUUUUGUCAUGUUGUUUCGUAAUAAAACAUGAAAGCGUU